UAUGCUGGAGCAAGCAAGGCUUAUCCUGCAGAAAUGUGGUGGACUUCCCCUUGCAAUAUCGACUAUCGGUGGAUUCGUUUCCACUAAGCCAAAAACUGCUAAUGAAUGGAGGAAGAUGAGCGAUGGCAUUAGUAUUGAAUUGGAGAUGAAUCCUGAGCUUAGGACAAUAAAGACAAUUCUUAUGAGGAGCUAUGAUGGCUUGCCAUACCAUCUCAAGUCUGCUUUCUUAUACCUAUCCAUAUUUCAAGAAGACCAGAGAAUUAGGUGGGGUCGCUUGGCGGGGCGGUGGACUGCAGAGGGUUACUCAAGAGAUAUGCAUGGCAUGACUGCAAUUGAACUUUGUCGGAGGUACUUUGAUGAGCUCUUGGAUAGGAGUAUGAUUCUGCCAGGGGAAGGGACAAAGCAAUACAGUCAGAAAAUCAAUUCCUGCCAACUUCAUGAUAUGAUCCAUGAAAUAUGCAUCUCAAAGGCUAGGGAGGAAAACCUUGUUUUCACGCUGGAGGAAGGAUGUUGUUUGAGUGACACACAAGGUGCAAUACGUCAUCUUGUCAUUGGCAGCAACUGGAAAAGGGAUAAAGAUGUGCUGGAGAGCAAGCUAGACUUGUCAUACGUACGGUCAUUGACCGUGUUCGGAGAGUGGAGAUCGUUUUUCAUCUCUGACAAUAUGAGGUUCCUUCGAGUGCUUGACUUAGAAGACACACUGGAGUUAAAAGAUCAUCAUCUUGAUGAUAUCGGGCAGUUCCGUCACCUCAAGUAUCUUUCUCUUCGAGGAUGUCGGAACAUUUUAUGCCUGCCUGAUUCUUUGCGAAAUUUGAGGCACCUUGAAAUGCUGGAUAUUAGAGGUACACGUAUAUAUGAGUUGCCAACAACAAUCACCAACCUUCUGAAGCUACAGCACCUUCAUGCAGAUGAUCGUUUGGACCGUUUGCGUGUUAGGGGAGAGGAUGCCAUAGUUGAUAAGUAUCAACGUUACAUUGGUCGUAUUUCCACAUGUGAAAGAUGCAGCGUUUUGUUGUAUAAAGGUCAUGUUUUCUUGAGACCGCAAGUUUUAGAUGCCGGUUUGAACAGGUAUGAUAUAUUCAAUCUAUACCGCUUCCAGGAGAGGAGCCUAGAUGGCAUUAUUCUUCCCAAAGGGAUUGGUAAAUUGAAGACCCUUCAUGCACUAGGUGCUGUUGAUGUUUCCGGGAGAAACGGAAAUGCCACUAUAAAAGAGUUUGGAGAGCUUACUCAGCUGCGUAAGCUUAAAGUGGGUGGUCUGAGCUGCAGAAACAUCAAUAAGUUAUGGUCUGCCAUUGCUGGUCAUAAUCAACUUCAAUCUUUAUCAGUUAAAAUGGGUAACCCGCACUUAAUUUCUACUACUACCCCGCUACUGCUGCCUAUCCCCAUCCCCAAUCCUCUGCUCAUGUUAUUUGAUCUGCUCCGGUCCAUCUGCUGCUGUAUGUAG